AAUACACGGUUACAUCACUUCGUUUAUAGAAAUAGUCAUUUCUCUUUGUUUAAUAUCAUGGAUCGCGACCCUGUCAUACAGUCAGAGGCAGUGACAUGGACCAAGACGAGAGAGGCGAUUGCACAGUUCCGAAAACUUCUGCUGUGUUCAAAAUGCUCAAACAUCAUGAAAGACCCUGUGUGCCUAGGGCUCUGUGAACAUAUGCUUUGCAGGUCUUGUGCUGGCCCCCACGCUGGAGAUGGCUGUAGUAUGUGCCACAGUCCUGCAUGGGUGAAAGACAUUCAGAUCAACAGACAGCUCAGUAACAUAACAGAGCUCUUCUGCAAGCUGGACUCCCUACUGAACCCUCCAGAGGUCUCGGCCAUGACCACUGAUGCUGUACACUCAAAAGAGACCCCCGUCUCCAAGAAGAAGAACUUCAAGAUAUGGUUUAGCCCAAAGAGUCGCAAAGUACGCUGUUGCGUUGAGAAGCCUGAGGUAAACUUAUCUAAUGGAGAUCAGCAAAAGAAACCAACUACAUCACCUGCGUCCAAACCUAAAGACCUGUCUGUCUUCAACUUCACCUCAUCCUCCCAGGACUCUGGAUCCUCAACUCCUCCACGUGGUAAGGUAACUAAGAAAACAAAGGCAAAGAGGGUCAGCCCAGCCUGCAAACAAGCCCGUGGUGCUAAAAAGCCCGUAACAAGAACUCAGGCUAAUCAGGAAUGUAAAAAGCUAAAGCUAGAGGCCAUCAACCAACAGUGGGGCUUUGGUAAAGAAGGUGCUAUUGACAGAAAGUAUGAAGAUGAUGAGAUGGUGAGCUCUGGAGAUGACAACAAGAAAUCCAGUAAGAGAGUGUCUUUUCAGUGCCCCAGCAGCCAGCCUGAGGAACCUCAGAAGACUGUCCACCAAGGAGAAAAUCAAAAUCUCAGUCCUGACGUUGAAGGCACUGAGUCUGGUGGUGAGAUGCCAAGCUCCCCAGCACCUACUUCUAAUGACCAGCAGUCUGAGCCUGUCACAGAUAUUCCAAAAUCAAACAAAACUGCCCCAGGGCCUAUUCAAUCUUCCCCUUCCAGAGUACCGAAGAGAACCAGAGAUAACCAGGAGAGUGAUUAUCCACCUAGUACACCAAAAAGACCCAGAACAAUUCCAGGACGGAGGACGAGAUUAUCUAGAGAAGGAACCACACAGUCCACACCUCCUCCAAUUGAAGACCUUUCUCCAAACCUAAAAACUUUCAAACAGUCCAAAAAGGAGCAGAAUGUGAAGCCGCACCUCUCACCUUCAGUGAGAAGAAGGUCGCCAGCUACCCCUGUCCUUGGAAGGAGGUCUCCUGGGGUAAGAUGCAACCAGAGCAGUCCAUCUUACAUGAAGAAGAACCACAAGGGAGAGACGCCACUGCACUUGGCUGCGAUAAAGGGUGAUGUGGAGGAGGUACGAAAGCUCCUUGCUCUGGGAGCCGACCCCAACCUGAAGGACAAUGCAGGCUGGACACCACUGCAUGAGGCUUGUAAUCUCGGUCACCUGGCAGUGGUGGAAGAACUGCUACAGCAGGGGGCACUGUUGAAUACUCCAGGCUAUCAGAAUGACUCGCCACUGCACGAUGCAGUGAGGAACGGGCACCUAGCAGUGGUCAGACUCUUGGUUGAAUGUGGCGCAUCCCAAAGUGUUCUGAAUAUGUUUGGCUUGCGGCCUGUGGAUUAUGCGCUGACUCCAGAAAUGCAGAAGAUCCUAAUAUUGGCCCCUGAGGUACCCCAUCCUUUGACAGCCCCCCUGAGCCCAUCCGGCAGACUCCGUAAGGCUGCAGGCUGUGUGAGGGAGACUGGUCCAGUGGUUCUGAUAGGCAGUCUACUAACGCAGACUCAGCAGAAACAGCUUGCCAAAGCAGCUAAACUCCUUGGAGGGAAACAAGUGGAAUCCUUUACUAGUGCAGUCACCCAUGUGGUUGUACCAGAUGAUCCCACCAAGGCUUCUACCCUGACCACACUGCAGGGCAUCCUCAAUGGCUGCUGGAUCCUUCGUUUCAGCUGGGUGAGCUAUAGCCUUCAGACAGGCAGCUGGGCCGGAGAGGGCGAGUACGAGGCAGGUGAAGGCCCCCUGCGUGCCCGUGUGAACAGAGGUAGCCUGCUGCCUCCACUCUUUGAUGGAUGUUUCUUCUACUUACUGGGUUCCUUCCACAAGCCCCCUAAACAUGAGUUGCUGCAGUUAGUGAAGGAGGGAGGCGGUCACCUUCUGAGCCGCCAGCCCAAACCCGACAGUGACGUCACUCAAACCCUGAGUGCAGCAGCUUACCACGCCCAACCUCGUUCAGACCAGACCCUCUGCACACAGUAUAUCUUAUAUGAACCUCAGAGCUCUUAUAAACCCAAGCGGGUUCGGAUGGGUAAGGUCUGGUCGGCUCCCUCCACUUGGCUUCUGGACUGCAUCAGUGCCUUUCAACUUCUGCCAGUGCCAGAACCCUAGAUCAUGUCCUUGCUUUACUUUGUUGCACCUAAAUGACAUCAAAUAAAACUUUUUAUCUCCUAGAGAAAAUAUAAAAGGUUUUUUUUUUUUUUUUUAUUUCACCACUUUCACUUUUAGAAAACUUAGACUAGCAAAAUCAGAAAGUCUAUACUAGUCAAUACUAAAAUAAAAUAAUGUAAUGAUAACAGUCUUUCUGUGUACUGACUCAAAAUUCAGUCUCGGUGGGCUGUCUAACUGACUUUUGAAUGCUUGCAUGUGUAUUUGCUCAUGUGCUGUACGACAAGCGCUUGUGUCUUGUGAUUAUGCAGCUGAACGCGUGAAUGGUCAAACACACUUCUUUCACAAAAUGCCUGUCUUGGCAAGGUAUUAAAAGUGGCAAGGUUGUUUUUGUUUAAUGAGUGUGAACAGGUGCGACAAAAAUUGAAAUAUCAGAUCUGUACACUAGACCUUGCAGUGUAAAAGCCUAAUAGACCUGCAACUGUCUAUAAUUUCGGUAAUAUGAAUCAAACAACCAUAUUGUCAAGAAAAAGAGAAAAGCAUUCACUGCUCUUUACUGAAAAACAAAAAAAGAAAUGUGUGGUUAACUUAAUGUAGCAGAAAAGAUUAAGUACUUUCUACAUUGAAUAAGUUAAAACAUGAACUUAAAAAUGUUAAGUAAAUUCUUAUCUUGGAUUUGAGCUUGAUUUUUUCAUAUACCUCUACAGUAGUCCUGAAAAACAAAAUGUACAGAUAUUAAAACAGAUUAUGCAACUAUUAUACACUUUCAGCGCAGUUAAAAUAAAUCACCCUGAAAAUAAUCUGAAAUUAUAAAAGGCUGUGUGUGAAGUCAAACACUUGAGUAAGGGAAGAGAAAUCAAGUAAAUAUUAUUUAUGAUAUA